UUGACAUCGGUAGGAGCCAGUAAGGUUGAGCCCGUGUUUCCCAUUGAAUUUAUGUUGUGUUCGGUAUUUUAUAUUUCUAAUAGUUUCGAUUGUGUUUGAAUUGGUGGCGGUCGAAAACUAAGAUUUAAUUGCAGAUAUGCUAGUGGUCAGACUGAAAUUAGUAAGAUAGCAUAAUUAAGCAACAAACAAUACGGUAAGGCGAGCACACAACGCGGGGUUUCUGUUGUCUCUGCACGUGUGAGUUUAUAGGGAUGCCGGCUUCUACUUUGGAUCCCGUUAGUGCGGCCCUCCGCACAUCAUUAACGAAAAGCGAAAGUGAAAACUCAUUGGAUUCGCAAUUAGCGGGAUCCACAAAAAAGGCGCUAUUAUCGGACAUUGAUUUUGAUUCCGCAGGUAGCUAUCAGACUACCGUUCUUGACAAAUUAAAGUCGAAAUAUAUUGUUUUAAAGAGCACAGACACACCAAAAGCAAGUAAACCUGAGGAAGAUAUGGGAGCAGAUGAAACUUUGAAAUUGGCAAAGCAUGAACUGUACCCAUUGGAAGCUGUGCAAUUGGGUUGGAAUAAUUGUGACUGGUCUGUUGGUGCAGGAAUGGUUAAUAUGGGCAAUACUUGUUAUUUAAAUUCAACACUGCAAGCACUAUUUCAUGUUCCCGCACUUGUUAAUUGGUUGAUGUCAGAUAAAGAGCACUCAUCUAUUUGCCAAAAUUCUGGGACUGUGUGCAUCAUUUGUGCAAUGAGAAAAACAUUGCAAGAGUCUCAGCAGCGUAAUGCUACCACAAUCCGUCCAAUGUUAAUUUAUAAUAAAUUAAGAAUGGUGUGUAGAAAUUUAAUACCAGGAAGGCAAGAAGAUGCACAUGAGUUUCUACGUUAUUUAGUUGAAGCCAUGGAAAAAUCAUAUUUAAGUCGUUUCAAAAACAAUAGUGAAUUUGAUUCAAAGACUAAAGAGACAACUCCCUUAAAUCAAAUUCUGGGAGGAUAUUUAAGAUCGGCUGUGAGGUGUUUAAAAUGUGGACAUGUUAGUACUACAUUCCAACAUUUUCAAGAUCUGCUACUAGACAUUAGGAAAGCACAAACAGUUGACGAAGCUCUUGAGUCGUAUUUCUCAAGAGAAAAAUUAGAUGAUGAGUCUUAUCAAUGUGAAGCUUGUCAGAAGAAGGUACCUGCAACGAAACAGUUUUCUCUUGAAAGGGCACCUAUGGUAUUAUGUAUACAGUUAAAAAGAUUCUCAGUUAGCAACAACAAAAUUUCAAAACAUGUAACAUUUAGAAAUAGGCUAGAUUUGACAAAAUUCGCAAGGCACCGUCCCAAUGUUCCCUUGAUAUACAGAUUCGUUGCCUUAGUCACACAUAUGGGUCCUAAUGUUAGUUGUGGACACUACACAGCAGUAGCCCAAGCACCUUCUGGUAAUUUUUACCAGUUUGAUGACAGUAUGGUUCGACCCAUAUCACACCAAGCAGUGUUCAAUACAAACGCGUAUAUUAUGCUUUACGAGCUGGAAUCGUCACCGUACUCCCAGAAAACGACGUUGACCGCCUCAGCGGCCCCAGUCAAAACGAAACCGGUUGCCGACUUUAGUCAGGCCUCGAGCAGUAGCACCAACACCGCUGGUUUAACGUCAAAGGCCUCCACAAACGGCGUUGGCUACACAAGUAAUAAGGUGUAUGGUCCUGAACUGCCUCCAAAUAGGCUCAUUGUCAAAACAAACGGUCUCGUCUCAUCGAGCAUGGUAAACGGGAAUGGCAAGAAACACAAUAGUUCCUCAGGUAGUGAUAGUGAUUCAGAAGACGGCGGGUCUGUGAUAAAACGUAGCAACGGCGGCAGCCCUCAGAAGGAAAACGCUAGAGUGAGCUCGACACCCGUAACGCCUCGCAAGGAAGCGGACAGCAGCAGCGGUGCGCCGUCGGCUUCCAAUAAGACACCUUUAGCCUCCAUCUCGAAUAACCGAUCCGUCGGUACGGUUGCUUCGACGCCAAAUUCGCGUAUAACCACCAGUGCGGCGAGCCCCAUCAGUGCGGACUCUCCCAGUAAAAAGACGAUUAAUAAAGACGGGUCGUCAUCCUCUUCUACAUCCAGUCCCGGACAGAUGACCAAGUCGCUGGUGCCGUACGAUGCAGACGAUACCAGCAACUCGGAAGACUCGAACCUAUCGAAGGAGGACAUUGAGAUAAGGGUGUGUACAGCCACUAACUCCACAGAGGGUGAUUGGCAGGUAACUUCUUCGACGGACCUGGCCCCAGCCACAUCUGACGGUAAACGAUGGGAACGCGAAUCAUCAACGAAUAAUUCCAAUAGUACAGCCGGAAGCAGUAACAGCAGUAGCAAUACUGUGAGCGAACUGUUCAAAAUGUCUCACAGUGGAUACUCUGCCCCCGUGGCUACUUGGAAUGGCACUCGAUCAGCCCUCGACAAAGAGGUGAGCAAUGAACGGCGGGAAGAAAGGAAACGUACCUUGACGCCCGACAGUUCAGACCAAGGACGCGUCAAACAUCCUAAGGUGUCGUCGAGCUUCAAAUCGAAUCCCGGUUACAAUCCAAUUCAAGAGUUCCACAACGCGAAGAAUUGGAGCCAGAAUAAUGGUUCAUCCAAUCACUAUAAGUCAUUUUAUAAUGGUAGACAUCGUCGAAAUUUUCACCACAAGAACAAUUAUCAUAAAAGUUAUAGAUUUCGACAGUGAUAAGACAUUUUGAAAUAUUUUUUAUAUAGCAAAAAUUCUUUGUAUAAUGUGUACAUUUUUUGGUCUAAUUAAUUGAAUUAUGGACUAUUGUCUUAUAUUUAUGUUUUUAAAACCAAAUUCCUAAUUUCAUUAAAUAUUAAGUUAAAAUACAUUUUAAAAUUAGUGUUAGAUUAUUUUAAAGAAAAAUGUAUUAGGAAAUGGUAAAUUAUUUAUUACAUAUUUUUGACAUUUGUCUAUAUGCAUUUAAAAUUAUGCCCUGUCUGUAAUAUAUUUUUUAUUCUUCAAUAUGCGUUGUACAGAAAAAAUACGUAUAAAGAAUACACUUUUACCUUAUUAUUAAAAUAAA